AUGUCUAAGUCCGCUGUGUCGCUCUGGUACUUGGGCAUCGACAUAGGUACCAGCUCUUUGCGGACGUCCAUUCUGAAUGAUCAGGGGGUUGUCGUAGGCGGAUCUGAACAAGCAAUCGAUGUCUAUUACCAUCCCUCCAACAAUCGUAUCGUUACGCAAGACUCGGCUCAACUCUGGUCUAAACUGCUGACUGCUAUCGAUGAAAGCUUGCAAGCAGCAAAAUCCAAAGCAGAAGGAACUUUGAACUCAAUAUGUUGCGGCGCAACCUGCUCGUUGGUGGUCGAGGACAAUGAUAACAGCCACGUAAUUCUCUGGAUGGAUCACAGAGGAGAGACAAAUUCUAUCAACAGCAAGAUGGAAUUGCACUACCCAAAAGUUCUGCAACGUCUUGGAGGGUCCAUCAUAGCAGAGAUGGCUUUGCCCAAAAUCAAAGAGUAUCUGAGGACGACCUCGUCCAGUCCUCGUAUAUAUGAUCUUCAUGACUGGAUCGAGUGGAAGCUUGCAGGUGAGGUGCUGACUAUACGGAAUUACAACACAGAAAAUAUAGGUAUCGACGGGUCGUUAAAGGGAUUUUCAAUUGACUGUCUUCACGAUCUGGAUAUCCCUCUCAAAGAGUCCCAGAUCGGCAGAGUCGAGAGUAUUCCAUAUCCAGGAAUACCGUUCGCUGGUACCCCUAUUGCCAAGCUUUCGCCCACCCUAGCUGAGAAAUGGGACGCUAAGUCUGCUGUGGUUUGCUCCGGAGUCAUAGACUGCUAUGCUUCCUUUUUUGCUCUGCAAAAGAGCGACUCAAGUCCAGAAGAAAACUUGGUGAUGGUAGCAGGAACAUCCACAUGCUACUUAACUGUUUCCAGAACGCCAAAAGAUCCUCCGCCGGGAAUUUGGGGACCAUUCCAUUUGACAGACAAGUUUUGGUUCUAUGAGGGAGGACUAAGCUGUUCCGGAAUUCUUUUCGAGUCUCUGCUUGAAAAUCACCCAGCAGCAAAAACGUUGGACAAGUCCAAAGAUAAAUUUGAGCAGCUCGAAGAACUGGUGGGUUUUUUCGUGGAGAGUGAGAAUCUGAGCUCCCCCUGGAAGCUGACAGAAAAAAGGAUAUAUAUUGGUGACUAUCUGGGAAACAGAACGCCGUUUAACGAUUCAGAGCUCUCGUCCGUCAUAAUUGGAGGAUCAUUGCGGCAGGACACAAAGGACCUGGUAUGCUGCUACCUCUCAAUCUUGGAAUACCUUGCCCUCUCUACAAGAAUGAUUGUUGACUGUUUCCGCAAAUCAGGAUUUGAUCUCAAGACAUUGCAAGUCUGUGGGUCUCAGGCUAAAAACGCUAGACUCAUGGAACUACUGGCAUUUAUUUUAGACGAUAUGAACAUCCUUCUUCCUAUAGACUUAGACUCGAAACUGAUUGGCGCUCGCGGAUGCUCGAUACUUGGCGGAUGUGCGGCGAAAGAUGCAAAGUUCAAAGCUGUCAAACACGUUCCAAACGAUACCCUGAAGAAACUGUUUGACACGAAAUAUGAAAUCAUGUUCGAGUUGAUCCAAAAACAGCAGGAGAUGAACCGGAGGCUUGCUAGCUGCACCAGUCGCUCUCAAGCACAGUGUUGA